GCGCCGAAUCCUCAGCCUGCCCUUGCCGCUGACGUCGGGGUGGACUGGUCUGGAGUUGGUUUGCCAUCGGUGGAGGACAUUCUUCGGUUGUGGUCCGUGGUGGGUCAAUGUGGAGGCGGGACUACCACGACGACUACCUCUGCCCACUCUGAGAAUCGGGAUGUCAACGGUGAGUCUUCCUGCUCGACGACCUUGCCGCACACUGGGACGUCCUCUUCUUUGCCUCCGACUACCACUACCCUCGAGGAUGCGGACCACGAAGAAGUGGCGAUGAUGCAACGGGGAGCACCUGAUCCGGUUGACAACAGGAACGCCGACGACGACACAACUACUCACACCUGGCGUCUUAGUGAUGACGAAAGGGAUGACCUUCUUUCUGUGGGGUGGAGUGAAAACAUGAUCUCGGACCUCAAUGCCAUGCUCGACUUCCUGCACGACGUUGGCGAAAACUGUGGGGUGGAUCAUGUUGCCUGGGCACUUGGGAUGUGGGCUCACAGCAACAUCCUCGCCGAGACAACCGUGGAGCUGGUCAACGACGUGAUGUUCCGCCGUGUUCAAGGGGUGCCAGAAAAUCGCCCACAUGAGUAUGGGACAAGGGGGACAUUGGUGAACCGCCUCCUCGUCCAGCUGCAG